AGAAUAAUAAUCUGUGGCUAUCAGCCGUUUUAUGUAUCUUUGGUGGUAUGGGAUUUUUUUUUAAAUGUUUUCGUUAAUUUGAUUAUUAAAAGCGUUGCACCUUAUUCGAUCAUAUUAUUUUGGGGGAGGGUGUGGUUCAGAAUGGCACUUCUUUAUUUAGGAGAGGACCCUUGGUUGUCUGAAUAUGAAUCUUGUGAAAAGCUCCAGAGGGACAUAAUGGAGCUUAUGACGGAGAGGCAACAAUUUUCGAGGUCCAGUGAUAAUUACUCUCAACUAUCUGCCAACAUAAGAUUGAGAUUAAAACAAUUCAACAAUGAAGUUGAUCAGCUUAAAAACAAACUUGAUAUAUCUACAGUUAGUGGAGCCAUAACCCCAGCAGAGUCUGAAAGAAGGACAAGACAGAUAGAGGUACUUGCUACCAAAGCUGUUCAGAUGCAAAAAAUUUUUGAACAGCAGGUGUCUGCUAAAGCUUUAGAAGAACGGCGUCAACUAAUGGGGAGUUCUGGUUUGGGUUUGACCCAUAGUGUUCCAUUAUUUAAUCCAUCAGUAGAUGAUAUGAGGGUAGAGCAGAGAGCAAUGCUUAGAGAACAAGAGGAAGGGUUGCAAAAUUUAUCCAAAAUUAUUUCAAGGCAAAAAGAAAUCUCGAGUGUCAUAUCUACGGAAGUGGAUUUCCAUAAUGAAAUUCUGAAUGACAUAACAACCCAAGUGGACAACACUGAUGCUAGAGUAAGAGCUGAAACACAGCAUGUCAGUGUUAUUGACAGAAAGGACAAUACCUGUGGCUAUUGGAUUAUUAUAAUUUUGCUGUUUAUAGGCAUAAUAGUUGCUGCAACUGUGUGAUAUUGUUAUUUAAUUUUUUUUGUGAUCAAAAUACUUUUAUUAAGCUAUUUUUAUUAAACCAUUUUACUUC